AUGGACACCUAUCGAAAAAAUCUCAGCCCGCGAAUUGGAAAUAUUUCCAUUGAUACUGCGCUCGUGAAGCAGCUUGUACUAGACGCAAGACCGCGCGACGUGAACAUCCAACAGGGCCAAGCGGCGUAUAAUAUUUCCACCUCGCGCAGCACCGGAGAGCCCAAAGGAAUUAUGGUAGAGCAUGCUGCCGUCGCAAUCGCCCAGGGGCCAGCUUUAGCAAUCGACUCUACGUCGCGAGUGUUCCAUUUCUGCCCCUACUUGUUCGAUGCAUCUCUAAUGAAGGCCAUCAUUACUUUCGUACACGGCAGAUGUGUCUCCUGUUAG